AUGAUCGAAGAAACUACUGAACCACCUCCGCCACCGGAUAUACGACCUUUUCGUCGUUCAACUAUUACCAAUACCAUCAAACAAAAUGAAUUGAAUCAGUCUUCUCCUCUCUUUUCCUCAUUGGAAGAGGGAGACGUAUCCCAUCCGUACCAUGGAAAGGUGGAAUCGACCUCUGCCAAUACUCAAGCGCGAAACCGGAAUUGGGGAAUCCGGAAAAGAUCAAUGAAUACUUAUCUUAUGAUCUCGAUUAUCGUCUUUGCCUAUAUGAUGCCAACUGUAUCAGCCACCGAAAUACACGAUCAAGAUCAAUUUACAUCAUACGAUAUCUCUGACGAAAAACAUCGAAGAACACCGAUCCUAUCUUUCAUAAAAUGGAUAUUAGAUAGUGCAUCAUCAUCUCUAGCCCAAUUCACCGGUGAGAAACAAGUAUCAUCAUCCAACAUGGGAAAAAGGGAACUAGAUACAGGUGGAAUCGUGGAAGCCUGUAUGAUUCCUGUUUUGGUAGCUUUGAGUGGAAUGUUCGCAGGUUUGACUCUUGGUUAUUUCUCUGUUGAUCCUACUCAACUACAAGUUCUGUCAAUCUCCGGUACACCCAAACAACAAGAAUAUGCGAGAAAAAUCUUACCUGUCAGGAAAGACUCUCAUCUUCUUCUUACUACUCUGAUUCUUGGUAACAUGAUCGUCAACGAAGCGUUACCUGUAGUAAUGGAUACUGUUAUUGGAGGUGGUAUCUAUGCUGUUAUAGCUUCGACAGCUUUGGUUGUCAUAUUCGCUGAGAUUAUCCCUCAAUCAAUUUGUUCAAGAUACGGUCUACUUGUAGGAGCAUCAAUGGCUUGGCCUGUACGAAUAAUGAUCUGGAUAGCUUAUCCCGUAGGAUGGCCAGUAGCUAAAUUAUUGGAAUACAUCUUGGGUGCACAUCACGGUAUUAUCUAUCGAAGAAGUGAAUUAAGAGAAUUGAUCAAAAUGCACGCUGCGGGUGCAGAAGGUGGAGGAGAUUUGGAUUUCGAUACUGUCCAAAUGGCUCAAGGUGCAUUGGAUUUAGCUCAAAAAACUGUAAAAGAAGCUAUGACCCCCAUAGAUCAAGUCUUUAUGUUACCUAUCGAAGCCAAGUUGGAUUACGAAACUUUAGGUCAUGUGGUCAGAUCUGGACAUUCUCGUAUACCUGUCUAUCAAAUGGUUGAAGUACCGGAUAUCAACCUUGCCGCACCUACCAAAGGCAAGCCGAAAACAAAGAUGGUCAAGAAGGUUUUAGGCAGUUUAUUGGUCAAAAGUUGUGUCUUGCUAGAUCCUGAGGAUGCUACACCGCUCGCGUCCAUCCCUAUCAACGCCAUACCUUCUGUACCGUGGGACGAGCGUUUGACUAACAUGCUCAACGUCUUCCAGGAAGGUCGAUCACACAUGGCUAUCGUCUCACGUCGACCAAAACGAGUGGAACAAGAUCUUGAAGAUGCGGAAUCGGUAAUGACGGCUGCAGCCGGAGGACUUCGUCAACGAUUCAUGAGAAAAGUGGCCGAGAUUUCUCACGGAAACAAAUCUUCUUCAGACGACAGCAGUUCAGAAAGCGACACAGACGUCGAGCGAGCUGAAAAGGGUGAAAAGAAGAAAAGAAAGAAGAAGACAAAGAGAUCUGUCUCGGGUUCUGAAAGUACAGCAGUCAGCCCAACUUCGACUUCUGCGGCCGAUGACAUCAAGGAAAAGGCAAAACUAGAGCACGAAACGAAGAAGAAAGGCUUGGUGGAAAAAGCAAAAUUGACUCAGUUGGAACAGACCGUUCCGGCUGACGCUCAAAUGGCUCCCGGUGCAGUCGAAAAGUUCUUCGAAGGACUAGAAGGUGCACCUUUGGGUGUUAUCACGCUUGAGGAUGUACUGGAAGAACUGAUCGGCGAAGAGAUCUACGACGAAUACGACGAGCAUGGUGAACCUCGAUCAGAUGCUUCGGCUUUCGUACCUCGUGAAGCCAUGUUAGCAGCUCGAAAAGCUGCAUUGGCUAGACAAAAUCUCGCUCUAGCUCAGUCGACCCCGCUUCCACCGACCGAAGAUGUGGACCUGGAUCAACCAUCGUCUAACUCAGCUCCAGCCGCAGCCACAGGACGAAGGGUUAUGCCUAAGUUACCUCUACCCAAAUUCAGUCUCGGUAAAAGACCAAUUUCUCAACCUGGUAGAUCUAGGACUGCCAUUGUGGAAGAGCCUAAAACUCAAAUAUCUGCCACCCCUCCUCCUAUGACCUCAACCGGCGAGAACGCCUUAUCUUCAGGAGGAGAGAUAAAACGAACUGCUUCACCUUCUGAAUUGGUGGAAGAUGAUCUACCUAGAAGAACACAGUCGGAAGUGAAGAUCAAUUCGAGACGAACUUCAUUAGACACGUCUCCGACAGUCGUACCCCUCAAAGGCUUGGAUCCUGUCACAGCUGUACCAGCUAGACUUCUCUCAGGAGGAGGUGCGGUCCAAACAGCUAACCUUGCACCACCCAAUGCGACCAACCUUCUUAACGAAGCGUUAUUGAUCGAAAGAGGUAGAAGAAAAGCUGCGGCAGGCACUGGUACGGGCGGUUCAUUACCACCCACAUUGAGAACAGUCUCACAAUCAGGAGCAAUAAGAUCCAUAAGUCAAACCCCAAGUAGACAGACCACUCCACCUGCUGGACUCACUGGAAUCGGAAACACCUCUCAAGGAUCCACAAGUAGUGCACCCCCUGCUAUAGGUGGUGGUAGAGGUGAAAUCAUAAGUCCUCAACCUAUUCAAGCUAAGAAAGUACCAAAGUUCAAAUCGGUUCCUGCACCUAUGGCUGCUACUCCAAGUAUAGAGAACUCAGACCCGAUAGAUAAGGCUUAA